AGGAUCAGAGAAGAGGAUCAGAGACGAGGAUCAGAGACGAGGAUCAGAGACGAGGAUCAGAGAAGAGGAUCAGAGAAGAGGAUCAGAGACGAGGAUCAGAGAAGAGGAUCAGAGAAGAGGAUCAGAGACGAGGAUCAGAGAAGAGGAUCAGGGACGAGGAUCAGAGAAGUGGAUCAGAGAAGUGGAUCAACAUCGGUGGGGCUGACAACAGAGCAAGAGAUGAGAAAACACUGGGUCUACUGUCUUCUGGCCCUCGUGCUGAUACAUACAGGCAUAGCCGGCAGUGUGAUCUCUGUGUCUCACACACAGGACAGAGAGCAUCUGUCUAUUACCUGUCGUCUCCUGUCGGAGAACGACACUGUAUCUCAGAUCAACUGGGAGAUGAUCAGCAGUCACAACCAUACCACUACCAAACUGAAACUGGGCACCUUCCAUCCCGUGUUCGGUACCUACGUGGUCCCAGAGUACAACGACACUGUGAAGAUCCAAAGUAGUGCCUCCAGCCAUAGUUCCAGACUCGACCUGAAGGGAGGCGCUGUGGAGGAGGUCAGCCAACUCUGCUGUGUUUUCAUCACGUUUCCCUCUGGGGUGCUGGAGCACUGUACACAUACCCGGAUCAAUGAAAACACUGCAGAGGCCCAGGAGUCAGAGGAUGCACAGCGGCUGCUAGGGGAAAGAACUUUGGAACAGUGGUCCCUGUUGGUAGGAGGCUCUACCAUCAGCAUCCUGAGCAUUGUGACCUCACUGUACUACUGCUGGAAGUACUGCUGCAGACACUGCUGUCACAGGAGGCGAAUGUAUGAGGUAGAGGCGUAUCUGACAGAUCAACACACAGAAUCAGAAGGGGUCACAGAGGAGCCCCCCCAGCAACCCCCUCUUCCCUCACCCCCCCAGCCUCAGCCCCAGGGUUUUGACCCCUCCAAGCUCUAUGCUAAGAUCAAGCUGGACCUGCUGUAUGGACGGCUGUGGAAGGCCUACCAAGGGACGGCCACAACCUGGGGCCCCACAACACAGCACGGGCCACAACAAGGGCCACAACAAGGGCGACAGCAAGUGGCAGAGCCAGGGCCACAAAAGAGGGAAGAACCGGAAGAAUCCGUUCUACAACUAGAACCAGAACAUCAACCACCUCUGGAAGGAAGAGAGGAACCAGUGACUGAGCCUGAAACUGAGUCUGAGCUAAUACCUCCACCAACCCUGGAUCCUGGGACACAGAUGGAGGAAAUGGAGUCGGACACUGGUUUAUGAGGGGAGUGUGUGUGCGUGUGUUGGGAUGAACAAUGUAUUGUUGACAUUGGUUGAAUAACCCUGAAACUAUCUGUCAAUUAAUACGAUCAAUCUUUAUUGUCCCAGAGGGACAUUUAGUGUGAGAAUAUUAAACUCAUCUGAACUUUUAAACAGAGUUAAGGGGUUUAAUAACCUUUGGCUUUUUAAAGAGACCUGUUAUUACAGGAGUGAGACAGUGUAUGUUUGUGGCUUUCUGUUAAUAUAACUGAGUUAUACUGAUUCAUGACCAAUAUACAGUAUAUAAAAUAUUUUUAUGUUGUACUUAACCGUUUUGCUUAUUUUGCAACAAGAUAUUUCAUUGUUCUACUGUAGGCGUAUUACUGAAACCCUUUGAAUAUCCUUUUGCUUUAUACUUAAAUAUACUUUGUAUACUUUUAUUUCAAUAAAAAAAUCGGACCAUGAAAAUUGAUUCUCCUUCACUUGACAUCAGUGGAGGCUGCUGAGGGGAGGACAGCUCAUAAGAAAUGGCAUGAACAGAGCAAAUGGAAUGGCAUCAAACCAUGUACCAUUCCACUGAUUCCGCUCCAUCCAUUACCACGAGCCCGUCCUCCCCAAUUAAGGUGCCACCAACCCCCUGCGCUUGCCAUUUAGAUUGUGCCUGCUCUUUCUUUGGGCCACUGGGGGGCGACACAAUACUUGUUGUUCGCUGACUGAAGCCCAGGGUAGAGUGACAAACACACUGUAAGGUUAAUGUCUACUUUUGUAACUGAAGCACGGACAGUUUUAACAAUCAUAAUGCAGUGCCUUCAGAACGUAUUCACACCUCUUGACUUUUUCCACAUUUUGUUGCAUUGCAGCCAGAAUUUAAAAUGGAUUACAUUUACAAUUGUGUCACUAGCCUACACAUAAUACCCU